AGCACAAUGAAAAACAACUCACGAGAGUUAACCUAGCUAUUUUUUUUUCUAGAGUUAAGUAAUGACAAUAUAUGUUGCCUAAACAAUAAUAAAAAUCAGGCCCCUCAAAUACAGCCAUAUGAAGAAUUGUUUUUAUUUAUCUUUUCCUAGUAAUAGUCUAAUAAGGAGUAUGCGUAGUGCUAACUGCUAACAUUCUAUAGAAAUGGUAAAAGAAGCCCACUGACUGAUGUCUUCAAGUUCGUCGUUUUAUAUGAGCAAAAGAAAACGGACAAAAGGAACGGCGGUGCGACGUCACAGACACCACCCCGGAAGCCGCGGAGGAAGGCGCCAUAGCACACAACACAAGAAUCUCAGCAGCAGAGAGCCCAUCGAUUUCUGUGUCUCCGUCCAACCAUCCACAUGGGCAUGGCGACGGCGCUAAUGGACGGCGAGGUCGGCGCUCUCGUCAAGGUCUCCGCGGCGGUGUGGGCGGCGAUGUCCUACGCCCGCCUCGCCGCGGCGCGUCUCCGGCCAGGCGCGCCUCGCCUCCUGGCGCUCCUGCCCGUCGUCGCGCUCCUCUGCGCGAUUCCCUUCGCCUUCUCGACGUCCACGUUCCGGGGUACCUCGGGCUUCUUCCUUGCCUGGCUCGGCUCGUUUAAGGUGCUCCUCCUCGCCGCCGGCAUCGGGCCCCUCGACCCGUCCCUCCGCCUCUUCCACUUCGUAUGCUCGGCCUCCCUCCCCGUCAAGCUCCGGCAGCAGUCCAAAGAGAAGAGCCAAGCUCCCGUCCGUGGGCCGGCGAGGAUACUCCUCUCCGGCGCCAUCAUCCCGGGCGUCAUCUACGCGUACCAAUUCAAGAGCUCGAUGAGCAGGUACCAGCUCCUCGCCCUCUACACCUUGCACAUCUACUUCUCGCUGGAUCUGCUGCUCGCCACCGUCCACACCGUGAUCCACGACCUGCUCGGGAUGGAGAUGGAGCCACAGGUGGACCACCCUUACCUGGCGUCGUCGCUGCGUGACUUCUGGGGCCGGCGGUGGAACCUCAUGGUGCCCUCCAUCCUCCGGCCGUCGGUGUUUCGCCCCGUCCGCGCGCGCCUCGGCACCGCGGCCGGCGUCCUGGCGGCGUUCCUGGUGUCCGGCCUCAUGCACGAGCUCAUGUUCUACUACAUCAUGUGGAGCACGCCCAGCGGCGAGGUGACCGCCUUCUUCCUCCUGCACGGGGUGUGCGCGGCCGCCGAGGGAUGGUGGGCGUCGCAUGCCGGGUGGUGGCGCCCGCCGCGGGCGGCCGCCGUGCCGCUCACGCUGGCCUUCGUGGCUGGGACGGGGUUCUGGCUCUUCUUCCCGGCCAUGGUCAAGGGCGGCCUUGACGAGAUGGUGCUGCAGGAGUGUCAGGGCAUGGUGGUGCUCAUGGAGCAGGCCGCCCGGCGGCUCGCCGGCGCCACAGAUCUCGUCUCGUCAACCAUGUGAUUUUGAGCAAACGGCAUGCAAGCUGCUGGCUGGCUCUGCUGCUUGAUGUAAACUCCACCGCAGGAUUUAAAUUCGACGGAUGUCGUGAUGUAUUCUGGUUGGUGGAUGCGCUGAUACUGUUUCUUUCGUGAUGAGCUGUGACUAAUAGGUUGUCAACUUCCGUAAUUAAAUACAUUGUCUUUCAGAUCUC